AUGCGUUCGGAACCUUCGCCCGUAUUCAGUGCCUCAGUAUCAUCUCGGUGUCGCCGAAUGACCGUCCGGCUUGGCUACGCUGUUGGACACGUGCUCAACGACCUGACUGCUUCCGUCUGGUUCACCUACACAUUGGUAUUCUUUCAUGCUGGCAUUGGGCUAUCCAGCAGCCUUGCUGGAUUAAUCAUGCUUAUCGGCCAGGUAGUUGAUGGACUCUCUACACCGGUGGUCGGCCUGCUUUCAGAUCUUGGUCUUCGGAAAAGUUCUCGAGCGUCAAACACCAACGAGAAUUUAGAGUACUCGCACUUGGCGGAGGUUAAUUCAGGGCAGAUACUGUUAAAAUUUGGUGUAGCUAGACUAUGCACUUAA